AGAAAAUCGUACUGGGACAUCAACUGAACUAUCAACCGUAUUAAAUAAAAGCAAAAAAAAAAUCAUAAUUAAACAAAUCUAAUCCAGGAACUGCUCUAAAUUACCUACGGAUUACUGGUUCAAGCAUCAGAUUUCAUAGAUUUUUGCAGAGGAGAGAUUUACAUAAAAAAAAUUAAGAGAAGAUGAGUACAGAAGAGGUUCAAUCGCCUACCACAGAGGAAGUCGCCGACACAAAUAACGCAGAAAAUGCACCUUCCACUCGCGAAAUCGAGCGCCAAGAGGAGGAAAAACUAAAAGCCAAAUAUCCAAAUGCCUUAGGAAUGGGAGGUCCCCGUGGACCUGGCGCACACUCGUCAUUCCUGCAGAAGCGCCUGCAAAAGGGCCAAAAGUACUUUGACAGCGGCGACUAUCAGAUGGCAAAGCAAAAGGGUGGCGGCAUCAAGCAAGUUUUCGCCAAUAAGCAAGUUGUGACGACGGGCGAGGCAAUUCCAACACCGGAAUCGGUGCCCGCACGCAAAACCUCCAUCAUCCAGCCGACAUGCAACAAAUUCACGACCAGCUAAUUAGCUCAUCUGUCGUCGUUGUGCGCAACAAAUGCAACCGCGGCGACGACGACGACAGACUCUCCUGCUUCUGCGACAACUGAUGAUGAUGAUGAUUUUGCUGAAACUGGCGACGGCGGCGAAGAAUGAUUUUUUUCCUUUUUACACAAAAAAAAACACAAAAUCUACGAUAGAUCUUAAGCGAAAGAGAAAUGCGAUCAAUAUUUUUUUUCUUCUCAUGAUCAUUUGUUGCUUCUUCUUUAUAUUUAUUAAAAUUAAUAUUAAAAAAAUUUAAUUUUCGAUCGGUAGCAAGUAAAAAUUCAUCGAACAUUCACAGCUCUGAGGACAUUUGUUAACGAUAAAUGUAGUGAUGUAAAAUUUUUUGAUGUUAAAAUCCAUGAUGGAAACGUUGAACAUUAGUGGAUUAGCGUUAAAUGUCAAUUUUAAGCAGAAAAAUGUGUCUCUUCACUCAAGAAAAUCCUUUGAAGAGAAGAUAUUUGUAAUUUUUCGAUGAAGUAUGUUCAAAAAAAAUCUUGUAAAGUACUAAAAAUAAUAAUUUCA